GCUACUGUUACUACUGUUGUCACUAUUACUGUUGCUGCUUUUGGUGUUGCUGUUAUUGUUGUCGAGACGUUGUUUAUGUCGAGUUUGAGCGGUUAGUCGGGCCGUUCGCCAGGAGUGCGUGCCCCAGUGUCCUGCGGAGAUCGUUGCGGAUGCGUUCGCGCGCGUAAGGAGGACGGCCGAGGAGAUAGUGGCAAGGCCCGGAAACCGGCGCGGUCGGAGGAGGAAAAUGCGACAAUCGCGUGUGAUGAUUUAAGUUGAUCGAACAGUGCUCCGUUUUGCUCAACUCGAUCUAUGACAAUAUUGCUUGGCGCGAUCUCCGAAGGUGGAUCUCUGGACGUGGAACUGCGCUCGGGGAAUCUGAUAUUAGGCUAAGCGGAGGAGAGUGGAGCACCAUUAUCGGGCUACAGUGUUUAUUGUUUAUUUUAUUGUAAAGUGAGAGUUGCCCUGUAUUACUUCUUGUUUGUUCGGGAAGAAAAAUCGGGGGAGUUCGAACGAGAGAACGAAACUCGUCGAAGAUAUAGAAGCACUGAAAGUUAAAUAAGGGGCCCCAGGAAGAUGUCGGGCCUGCUGUACACGCUGCUGGGCUUGGCCGCGAGUUCGAGCCUUCAGUGCGCGGUGCGUCGCGAGAUCAGCCCGUGCACCUGCCGCCAGGAGGACUUCUCGACGCCCAUAAUAUCCGGCUCCCCGGCGACGAUCAGCAAUGGGCCUUCCGCCGGAGCUGGGGUCACCAGCCAUGCGGUCGCCCAUGGUGAGCGCAUCGAGGUCGAGUGCGAGCGGAUGGAAUCUUUUCAUCAGGUCGCCGAGGCACUUAGGGGCAAGUUUACGCCGGAGCAGCAGAUUCUUCUCAGGAUUUCACACUCGCAGCUCCGUGAUAUAUCGAAACACGGCUUCAAGGAGCUUCGGAUGUCCAUCACCAGGCUUGAUCUCAACUAUGAUAAUCUCGGAAUACUAGACGAGGAGGUUUUUGCGGGCUUGGGAAGGACUCAAUACUUGAGUUUGGCUGACAACGAAGUACCGGCGAUACCAAGGCAUAUUCUGUCGCAUCUGUCGCUUUUGCGAACCCUUGACCUCAGCAGAAAUCGAAUCAGCCGCAUUGACGCCGAUGAUUUCAAGUACAAUCCGACCUUGCAAUAUCUUUUGAUGGCGGGAAAUUCGAUAGCGGAAAUGGUGCCCGGUUCGCUGCCUCCUCUGGUCAAGCACCUUCACGUAGGCAGAAAUCAUUUGAUGAGUUUAAAUCGUACUCUAAGGCACUUGAAUCAGCUCGAGUGGCUGUUGAUAAACGCGAACGAGCUGACGUCUCUGGACGGCGAGCUGCCGUCCUCGGGACACAAUUUGAAGAUGCUCUACGCCGCAGACAAUAAGCUGACUCACUUGCCCACGGAAUUUCGGUUUCUCCAUCGUCUCGAGUCGCUCUUUUUGCAGCACAACAAAAUCGGCAGCCUCGACGGCACGCUACAGAAGGCGCGUAGGCUCAAGUUCCUCGAGCUCUCUUACAAUGACCUGCAAGUGUUGACCGAGGAGGACUUCGUCGAGGCUGAGAUGCUGGAAGAUUUGGAACUCGGUCACAAUUCGUUGAGGUCGCUCGGCGGCGACGGGAACGUCAAUGUCGACGGCACCGGCAGCACCAACAGCGCCCUUUAUCCCCUGAAAUCGUUGAAGUGCUUAAACCUCACCCACAACGAUCUGCGCGAGUUCUCCUUCGCCUCCAUACGCGGAUUGCGCGAGCUGCGCUUACUCGAUCUUUCGAGCAAUAAGAUUAGCAGACUUUUGCGCGGUAGAUCGCCAACCGAGCGAACGAUCCUUUCCCCCCUGGUGGUAUUGCAGAACCUCGUGGAGGAGGAGGGAGAUGAGACGGCCGGGGCCAGUAUCCAGGAUAUGCGUUUACAGAACAAUGAGCUUCAGAACCUCGAGGGCUCGAUCUUUGUCGGUAUGAAGGAGCUCCAGAGGCUCAACCUCAGCCACAAUGCCCUGGGCCCGACGAUAGGACUCAGGGAUCUGCGGGGUCUCGAUAGCCUGCGCGUCCUCGAUCUCUCCCACAACGAGCUUACGACGCUCGAGGAUACGUCUGAGACGUGGCUGCCAUCCCUGGAGGAGCUGAACGCCUCGCACAAUCGCCUUGUGAUCCUCUCGGAGCGUGAUUUCCGGGGCUUCCCGGGCUUGUGCUGGGUCGACGUGAGCGCCAAUCGGAUAAGUACACUGAAGCCGGAGCUCGUCGCCAACACCCGCUGCACCGUCCACGGGGUGCCCGACGUUCUUCGCAUUUACCUACAAGAUAAUCCGGUGCUGUGUGAUGCUGGCUUGGCGGACCUGACGGUCGCCCUGGAGGUAAACCACGCGAAGGUCUACGGCGUGGCGAACGACUGUCCCACGCCCUCGACAACGACGAACGAGCCGACGCCCAUGCCGCCACUGCCCCCGACGCUGCUGCUCGCGGCGGCGGCUGCCGCCUCCGGUGGCAACGUCUCCUUCGCAGCGACGCUCGAAUAGAGGCCCCCGAGCAUCGCGACCCUCGCCUAUGUCACUACUGUCUUCUCUAUGUCCGUCUGUCUCUCCGUACGAAUGCAAUCGAUCGAUCGUAGCAGCCGCCGCCUGUUUUUCAAUACUUUUCCGAGUUCGUCUUGCUCCACCUUAAUAUGAACGCGGAGUGCGAGAAGGGCUUAGGCU